AUGGCCACUAGUUUAACUACAAGAGGCAAAGGAAUUACCUUAGAAGAUUGGGAAUCGAAAACACAACUAACAGAGACGCAGAAAGUGAGCGUUUUAGAACUUCAAGAUGCUUGCAAGGAACUACCGCUUCCUGAAGGGUCCUCCGAAUUAGCCGCAGGGGGAGCGUCAAUUGAUGCAGCGCUCGGACUGGGAAAACCUAUCGAGACAACACAGCAAUUUUUUGAUUGGUUUGCAAAGAUGGAGGCUGAUAUGGAGAAAGAUCAGGAGGAUGUUUAUAGGAAUUUUCUUGCAGCGGUGAUGUUAUAUCGCGAAGCAAACGAUAAAGUCCUUGGGCAAAUUGACACUACGGAGAGUUUGUUUAAUGAUCUCGAGGGGAAUUUCAAAUUUGUCGAAGAUCGUACUAAGGCUCUUCAAACUUCUUGUGAGAAAUUAUUAGCAGAACAGAAUCAUCUGUCGUCAAUUGUUGAAUCUAUAGUAGAGAAAUUGCGGUACUAUGACGAAUUAGAGGAUAUCACAAAGUUAUUUAAUUCGCCUGGGGAGAACAUAUGCGAGCAGCCGGAGUUUGUUCCGAAAUUGAAAAGGCUGGACGAGUGUUUGGAGUAUAUGCAAAAUAAUUUACGAUAUAGAGAUUCUGAACUCUAUCUUAUGCGUUUCCGACAAUGCAUGACGCGUGGUAUGACAUUGAUUAAGAUGUAUUUCGUCAACGAGAUAAAUACACUUAGCAUGGAAAUUGCCAAGCAGACUGCACAGAACGCGAGUUCGGCCAAUCAAACAGCUCUACACUAUGUCAAAUUCCGUACGAUAGCUCCAAAGUUGAAGGGUCUCGUGCGCGAGAUUGAGAAACGAUGUCCUGGCCAUAGAGAGUAUUACUCUCUUUUAAAUGAUUGCUACAAAGCAUAUUUCGUUGUACGCCAACAAGUAUUAAUACCUGCAAUUGUAGCCCAGAUUCAAGAGAUAAGUGCGAGUGGACAGGAUAUUUUGACCUUUGCACGUACUGGAUAUGCUUACAUGUUGGACCUCUGUAGUGAUGAAUAUUCUCUGUUCUACAACUUUUUUUCAACUGGUGAAGAUCACUUAUAUGGGAAUUUGGAUUUGCUGUGCAGUUACUUGUAUGAUGACCUUCGACCUCGCAUAAUACACGAGACUGACAUUGAUACUUUAUCUGAGCUAUGCAAUAUAUUACAAAUACAUGCAGAUCAGGAUGCAGAACGUGGAAGUGAAGGACAAAGGCUACAAUUUGGCCAUCUAGUCAAGAAUGUGUUACAAGAUACACAGCAGCGUCUCGUGUUUCGAGCACAGGCUUAUAUCCAAUCAUCGAUACAGAAGUUUAUCCCUCAAGAAGAGGACUUGAAUUAUCCUGCCCGACUGAAAAAUAAUUCAACAGAAGCAAAAGUAGAGUCGACAUCAGAUACACAUUCACCCACUUCACCAUCAACCGGACCGGCCACAUUAUCUGUACACGAAUACGACGACAAUGAACCACCUACUCCAGGGGCAAUGCUCGCUACUGUCAACACUGGCGAUAUUUAUCGUGGAUGGUAUCCCCCACUACAACGUACUUUAUGGAUAUUAUCGAAAUUAUACCGAAGCGUUAACACAACAAUAUUCAAUGACAUCGCUCAGGACGUUGUAUCAACAUGUUUACAAUCGUUAUUGAGCGUAAGCGAAUCUUUGGAGAAACAGAGCAGGAUAGAUAGGCAACUGUUCUUAAUAAAGCAUUUGCUCAUCCUCAAAGAACACAUAUCGUCAUUCGAGACACAAUUUGUUCAUGAAGAAAAGGGUUUGGACUUUUCCCAAAUGACAGAUGCGCUGAAUGCAAUAAUGCGAAAUAAAUACUCCAUCCUCAGUCCCAAUACCCUUUUCGGUCUGGCACAGAAAGGAAUCCCAAAAGUAGUAGAAAAUCGUACUGACUCAAAGCAAGAAGUUGACCAAGGACUUAAGCACGUAUGUGAAGAGUUUAUAAUGGAAAGCGCUAAAGCCGCGGUCGAACCGUUAUCUUCAUUCCUAGUAAAGGUGUCAGCUUUUCGCCUGAGAAAUGAUUUGAAGCCCUUGCAUCAACAAACGCGACUAAAAAGUCAGAACUUUGCCCAGCCAGUCAAUAUUGUAGAAGUCUACGAAACUUUCCGACAAUCGGUUACCAGUCGACUUCGCUUCAUUGUAUCGAAAAUGUCGGACUAUAUAGACGACCUAAAUACCGAACAAUUUCUUCUCUCUCUCAUGCAGAAUCAUAUCAUAGAUUCCUACCAAGAAUUUUACGAUAUAAUUCAACAAGAAAUAGAUUUCACUACAUUAACUAGAGCACCGGGAACUGUUGAAGAGAUUAUAGACUGGGUUAAAGAACGUGUAUUGUUUGAAGACGAGGUGAACGAGGGAGGUGAAACAAGCGGAGUGAAAGUAUGGACAACGGCUGUAGAGUAA